GACGAUGAAGACAAAGCUCAGUCCUCACAGCUUCAUCAAAGACAAACUGAACAGAUGGAAACUGGACUGGACUGUGGAGGACCAGAACCAGACAGGAACUCACAUCCAGAUACACAUUUACAACCAUCCAGCAGCAAUAAGACCUCAGAAUGUUUCCGACAGGAGACUGAAGCCAGAUUUGAAUGGAGGACAACCAGAGAACCUCCGUCAGGUUCUCUGAAAAACAACAGACGUGAUUCUUGUGAGAAACUGUUUCGCUGCUCUCAGUGUGGAAAACGGUUCAACCAAAACUCCAAUCUAAAGACACACAUGAGAACUCACACAGGAGAGAAACCGUUCAGCUGCUCUGUUUGUGGGAAAAGAUUUGGUCAGAAGGCACACAUGCAGAACCAUCUGAAGUGUCACACGGGAGAGAAACCGUUCAGCUGCUCACUCUGUAACAAGUGUUUCUCUCGGUGCGAACAUUUACAGUUGCACAUGAGAACUCACACAGGAGAGAAACCUUUCAGCUGCUCGGUUUGUAACGAAAGAUUCACUUGGCUUUAUCAGUUCAAAAACCACAAGUGUGGCGCUGAAUCGUCUCGGCUUCGUGAGCUCUGGAGCAGUCAGGAGGGAGAGCAGCUGCAACGGCUGGAGGAGGCUGAAAUCACAAAGUUCACACACACUUCUGUCCCUGCGAAGAGCGACGACGAUACAGAGACAGCUCAGUCCUCACAGCUUCAUCAAAGACAAACUGAACGAGACUGUAGAAGACCAGAGCUGGCCAGGAACUCUGAUCCAGAUAGUCUUGAGUCAAGUGGACGGACCUGGGACUCACUCAUUGGACAGUUUUGGUGA